AUGAGGCACUCAAAUGUAUACGAGGAGCGGUCCCUUGGGAUAUACAACGGUGAUGAUGACGAAGAUAGUCCUGACUACCUCGACCGACCGGUUUCACGCGGCCACCCAGGUAGCGCAACUCGGUCUCUCGGCCGCGUCCUCUCCCACGCGUUCAGAGAAUGGCACGGCGUAGGCGCCGCAGCCCCGAGACGCCAUUCCAUCCCUGGCGGCGAGACGAACGAAAGCCGCAUCAGCUUCAUCAGCCACCAGAUCCGCGGGCAGCUGUCGCACGACCUGUGGUGGCUCGUCCUGGCCGUGCUCGCCAUCGUCACCAUCGAGACGCGGCACUUCCUCGAGGACCCCGUCACCUACUCCGUGUUCAACGUCGUCUUCGAGGUCGUCUCGGCCUACGGGUGCGUCGGCAUCAGCAUCGGCCUGCCCAACCAGGCCUACAGCUUCAGCGGCGGCUGGUAUUCGGGCUCCAAGCUCGUGCUGGUCGCCGUCAUGAUAAGGGGCCGGCAUCGCGGGCUGCCUGUCGCCCUCGAUCGCGCCGUCAGGCUGCCGGGCGACGACAUGCACCGCGUUGAGGAGGAGGACCAUCAGAUCCGCAGGUCCAUGUCGAUGCGGCGCCCUAGUAUUGACAACCGCAGCGUCGUGUGA